UAGGCUUUCUUCAUACUGUACUGUCUUUGAAUGAGCGCUUUGUGACUUUGUCUAGUAAGCUCGAUGGACAACACAAUUGACGAAUGUUGAAGGUUACUAUCUUAUUCAGUGAUUCAUAAUUGUUUUCCAACAUAGGUUUCCAAAAAUACAGAUUUAUUUAGAUUUUUACUUUACUGGCUCCAAUGUGUAGCCUACAUCCGUGUUGCUGCCUCUACCGCGCAGACUCGUCACUGCGGUUCACUGCGUUUCCGUGUUAGCUGGGCUGGCUAGCUGAUAGUGGCUGUCGUCAGGAGAUCCGACGAUCGACUCCGACUGGAUAUUGUAUCGAUGGAUAAAACAAAUAUUUUUCGACAAUGCAUUAAUGUUCAUAAACUGUGUACUUGUGAAUGAUGCUAUGGAAAGUGCGGUGACUACACCGUCCGUAACAUGCGAUAUAAUCAAAACAAGAUAUUAGCCAAGUGUGCGUCUUUAGAGCAGCUUACGUUAUCUAGGUAACUGUUACCGCUAUAUAACAUUUAUGGUGGCUUCGUUGAUCCAUUUUUUGUGUUUUGUCCUCGUCUGUAUUGGUGGAAAAUGAAGAAGUUCAAUAUCAGAAAAGUGCUGGACGGCUUGACUGCUUCUUCUUCAUCUGGCACUGCAUCUCCACAACCAGGAACUAAUCAAAACGAUGUGAUCCAAGAGACGCUACAAUCGGAGCAUUUCCAGCUCUGCAAGACUGUGCGCCAUGGGUUCCCCUACCAGCCCUCCUCCAUGGCCUUUGACCCUGUGCAAAAAAUUCUGGCCAUCGGGACUCAGAGCGGAGCUGUGAGACUUUUUGGCCGUGCUGGUGUGGAGUGUUACUGUCAGCAUGACAGUGGUGCAGCUGUAAUCCAGCUUCAGUUUCUGGUCAACGAGGGGGCGCUGGUGAGUGCCUUAGCUGAUGACAGCGUUCACCUGUGGAACCUGAGGCAGAAGCAGCCAGCUAUCCUGCACACUCUCAAAUUCAAUCGGGAGAGGAUCACGUUUUGUCACCUGCCCUUCCAGAGUAAAUGGCUGUACAUCGGCACAGAGAAAGGAAACAUCCACAUCGUCAACGUGGAGUCCUUCACACUGUCAGGCUACGUCAUUAUGUGGAACAAAGCCAUCGAACUGUCCUCCAAGUCACACCCUGGGCCUGUGGUCCACAUCAGUGAUAACCCCAUGGAUGAGGGAAAGAUUUUGAUUGGAUUUGAAUGUGGGACCGUGGUGUUGUGGGAUCUGAAAUGCAAAAAAGCUGACUACCGCUACAAUCAUGAUGAGGCCAUCCACUCAGUAGCCUGGCACCAUGAGGGAAAACAGUUCACCUGCAGCCACUCAGAUGGAACUCUGACCACAUGGAACGUACGUGUCCCCGCCAAGCCUACAAUCACCAUCACACCACACGGUAAGCAGCCCAAGGAUGGAAAGAAGCCAGAACCAUGCAAACCUAUCCUCAAAGUGGAGUAUAAAACCACUAGAGUUGGGGACGCCUUCGUGGUCAUGUCUGGAGGCCUGUCCUAUGACACGGGGUGCAGGAGGUCCUGUCUGACGGUGAUGCAUGGGAAGAGUACUGCCGUUCUGGAGAUGGACUAUCCCAUCGUAGACUUCCUCACGCUCUGUGAAACACCAUAUCCUAAUGAUUUCCAGGAGCCUUAUGCUGUAGUUGUCCUCUUGGAAAAGGAUUUAGUUGUCAUCGACCUUGAACAAAUUGGGUACCCAAUAUUUGAGAACCCGUACCCUCUGUCGAUCCACGAGUCUCCAGUGACGUGCGUGGAGUACUUUGCUGACUGCCCUCCUGAACUCAUACCUGCACUUUACUCUGUGGGCUCCCGGCAAAAGAGACAGGGUUACAGUAAGAAGGAAUGGCCUAUAAGUGGUGGUAACUGGGGCCAAGGCACACUGAGCUACCCUGAGAUCAUCGUCACUGGACAUGCUGAUGGCUCAAUCAAGUUUUGGGAUGCUUCUGCAAUAAUGCUCCAAGUACUGUACAAGCUGAAGACUGCCAAGGUGUUUGAGAAGGCUCUGAAGGGCGGUAAGGAGGAGAAGCCGAGCACAGAGAUAGUGGAUGAGGAUCCCUUUGCCAUCCAGACUUUGUCGUGGUGCGCAGAGAGCAGAAUGCUGUGUGUGGCCGGAGUCUCCGCCCACGUCAUCAUCUAUAGGUUCAGCAAACAGGAAAUGACCACAGAGGUGGUGCAGCUAUUGGAGGUGCGUAUGCAGGGUGAGCUGAACGAUGUGGAUUCUCCAGACCCAGCAGGAGACCAUCCUCCCACCCCUUCUACCCCAGUACCCCCCUCCUCCUUCAGCCCCACCCAGGAGGGAGAGCCCUCUGAGGCCCAGCCCUUCACCUCUGAUGACCGGCCCAGAGAUAACGUACCAUGCCUUAAGGUCCGGAGCGCCCCUUUGAAGCAGUCUCCUGGUUACCAGGUGGAGCUGGUCAUUCAACUGGUCUGGGUUAGUGGGGAGCCGCCGCAGCAGAUCACCAGCCUGGCCGUCAGCUCGUCAGACGGACUUGUGGUGUUUGGCAACAGCAGCGGUCUGGCUGUCGUGGACUACCUUCAGAAGAGCCUCCUCCUGAACAUGAGCACGUCAGAACUGUACAGUCCCUCAGACCCCUACCAGAGACAGCCUCGGUCGCCUCGCAAGACACGACAGCCAUCUGGAGCUCUCAGUGAUAACAGCGAUGGAAACAACGUUUCAGAGGAGAAAAGCAACAAAUCACCAACGUCAGGCUCUAUGACACCCACCAAUUCAGACGAUGAACACAAACAGAAAAGGUUUAUAGAAAUGGUGAAGUCCAAAAGCAGGCGCUUUUCCAAGACGGUUGCCAAUGACUUUGCCAAGAUGUCAAAGAAAAUUAGCUCACCUACAGAGCAAAAGACAGGCCUGGAGGAGAGGGUGCUACAGCAGCACUUUCUCCCAUAUAAGAGGUGCUUUUGUUGUAUGAAGGAGGGCAAGGAGUCCAGGAGCCUUCUCUACCUUCAUAGGACUCUCUCGGUCUCUGACGUCAAUGCCAAAGACAGUUUGUUCAGCCGCUCGAGGAGCUCCAGUGUGACCAGUAUAGAGCGGGAGUCCCGCGAAGCCAUCUCCUCCUUCCACUUCAGUGAGAGUUUCCCCAGGAAGACAGACAGCAGCCCCAGCCCCAGCCUGUGGUUGGGGACUACCCAGGGCACUGUCCUGGUCCUCUCCCUCAGCCUGCCACCUACAGGGGACCAGAGGCUGCAGCAACCUGUCGGAGUCUCUUCCUGUGGUACUCUGGUUAGACUAAAAGGAGGUAUCCUGACUAUGGCCUUCCUGGACUCCCUUGGGGCAGUCCUACACCCUUCCUACGAGCCGUGGUCCGAGCCCAACGCUCCAGACGAGGAGAAGACGAGGAGGCGCAGGCCGGCCUCCCCACCCCCCACCCAGGAGGGUCAGGACAGCCAGUACGCUGUGGUGUGUUCAGAGAAACAGGCCAAGGUGGUGGGCCUGCCCUCCCAGUCCUGCUUCUUCAAACACAACAUCACAGAGAGCUCCUUUGUGCUGAGAGCUGAUGUGGUGCAGAUGGCCGCUGGACUCUGCCUCGCCUGCUUCUGUGCUAAUGGACACAUCAUGACUCUGAGUCUACCCAGUCUCAGACCACUCCUGGAUGUAAACUACCUUCCCUUGACAGACAUGAGGAUAGCCCGGACCUUCUGCUUCUCCAACCUGGGCCAGGCUCUGUACCUCACCUCCCCCACUGAGAUACAGAGGAUCACAUACAGCCAGGAGACCUGCGACAAUCUACAGGAGAUGAUGGGAGAGCUGUUUACACCGUUAGAGACACCUGAAGCUCCUAAUAGAGGUUUCUUCAAGGGCCUGUUUGGGGGAGGAGCUCAGUCGCUGGAUAGAGAAGACCUGUUUGGUGAGACUGCGGCGGGUAAGGCAUCUCGUAGCCUGGCGCAGCACAUUCCUGGGCCCCAGGGCAUGGAGGGUAUGAAGGGAGCAGCCUCUGGGGUGGUGGGGGACCUGGCCCGUGCCCGGAUAGCCCUGGACGAGAGGGGGCAGAAACUGGGCGAGCUGGAGGACAGAACCGCAGCCAUGAUGGCCAGCGCUGACUCCUUCUCUAAACAUGCUCAUGAUAUGAUGCUGAAGUACAAAGAUAAGAAGUGGUACCAGCUCUGAUGGCAGCGAGGGGAGACAGUGGGACGCAGUUGUUUUGUUGCACCACUUCAUUAUCUACAGGAGAUGCAGCUCCUUCUCCUCUUCCUCCUCCUCUUCUCCAUCUCUCUGCAGGAGGAAGAGGUGUUGUAUAACAGACUGAGAGGCUUUCUUCCUAGCAGCACAAUACAACACUGCAUUACCUCAGUCACCUGGUUACCACUGAGGACGAGUAGACUGACUGACUGAAGCAGACUGACUGAAGCAGACUGACUGAAGCAGACUGACUGAAGCAGACUGACUGAAGCAGACUGACUGAAGCAGACUGACUGAAGCAGACUGACUGAAGCAGACUGACUGAAGCAGACUGACUGAAGCAGACUGACUGAAGCAGACUGACUGAAGCAGACUGACUGAAGCAGACUGACUGACUGACACACAGACACACUGACUGACUGACACACAGACACACUGACUGACUGACACACAGACACACUGACUGACUGACACACAGACACACUGACUGACUGACACACACACACUGACUGACUGACACAGACAGACACACUGACUGAUAAGGACUGACUGAUAAGGACUGACUGACUGACACAGACGGACUGACACAGACGGACUGACACAGACGGACUGACACAGACGGACUGACACAGACGGACUGACACAGACGGACUGACACAGACGGACUGACACAGACGGACUGACACAGACGGACUGACACAGACGGACUGACACAGACGGACUGACACAGACGGACUGACACAGACGGACUGACACAGACGGACUGACACAGACGGACUGACACAGACGGACUGACACAGACGGACUGACACAGACGGACUGACACAGACGGACUGACACAGACGGACUGACACUGACGGACUGACACUGACGGACUGACACUGACGGACUGACACUGACGGACUGACACUGACGGACUGACACUGACGGACUGACACUGACGGACUGACACUGACGGACUGACACUGACGGACUGACACUGACGGACUGACACUGACGGACUGACUGACACAGACAGACACACUGACUGAUAAGGACUGACUGACUGACUGAUAAGGACUGACUGACUGACUGAUAAGGACUGACUGACUGACUGACACUGACUGACUGACACUGACUGACACUGACUGACUGACACUGACUGACACUCACUGACUGACUGACUGACACUGACUGACUGACACUGACUGACACUCACUGACUGACUGACACUGACUGACUGACACUGACUGACUGACACUGACUGACACUCACUGACUGACUGACACUGACUGACUGAGACUGACUGACUGACACUGAUUGACACUGACUGACUGACUGACUGACACUGAUUGACACUGACUGACUGACUGACUGACACAGACUGGCACUGACUGACACUGAUUGACACUCACUGACUGACUGACUGACACUGAUUGACACUCACUGACUGACUGACUGACACUGAUUGACACUCACUGACUGACUGACUGACACAGACUGGCACUGACUGACACUGAUUGACACUCACUGACUGACUGACUGACUGACACUGACUGACUGACACUGACUGACUGACUGACACUGACUGACUGACUGACACUGACUGACUGACUGACACUGACUGACACUGACUGACUGACACUGACUGACACUGAUUGACACUGACUGACUGACUGACACUGACUGACUGACUGACUGACUGACUGACACUGACUGACUGACUGACACUGACUGACUGACUGACACUGACUGACUGACUGACACUGACUGACACUGACUGACUGACUGACACUGACUGACUGACUGACACUGACUGACACUGAUUGACACUGACUGACUGACUGACACUGACUGACUGACUGACUGACACUGAUUGACACUGAUUGACACUGACUGACUGACUGACACUGACUGACACUGAUUGACACUGACUGACUGACUGACUGACUGACUGACUGACACAGACAGGCCGACUUGGAGGGACGGAGGAGGAAGAAGAGUUAUUCUGGAUCUUUGUCAUCUGAGGAGAUGAUGCUCAUUCCCUUAGUCCCUCUCCUCUGGGUUAAGGGGGCUGAUCCUGUGUUUCAUCAGUCAUGCUCUUAUCUGUUCAGCUGUUUGGUUCUCCAAGAGGUAAGAUAACUACACACAAUGAGUACUGUUGGAGGUUACCUGUGAGAUUACCUGUGCAGGGGCCAGGUGAGGUGUUGUCUGCUCUUCACAGUGUCAACCAAUCACAAAGGACCUCUAAGGGGAGUCUCCUGUGGAGGAAACUCCAUGUAAAUCGGCCAGUGGAACCAUCUCUGCUUCUGAAGUCCUAAUAUCUAUAGCAAUGGUUAUAAUGAAUCAACGAUUGAUUCAUCCCCUCUGUGUUGUCUCUGGUUUCGCCAUUUUUUUCUUUCUUAUGUUUGAUUUACAUCUAUAUUUGUCAUCUUUAUUUGCUGUUUUUUGUUUUUCAAGAAAGUCCAUCCAAGCACUUAAUUAAUUAAACAUGAGUUUAUUGAUGAGUCAUAUUGAUGGUGUGAUGAAUAACUUUUUUCCAUAUUUUUUACUACUGCUACAGUAGGCCUGGCUAUACACUAUUAUCACUUAUCAUUCAUACAGUCAGUUUGAACAGUAGGCCUGGCUAUACACUAUUAUCACUUAUCAUUCAUACAGUCAGUUUGAACAGUAGGCCUGGCUAUACACUAUUAUCACUUAUCAUUCAUACAGUCCGUUUGAACAGUAGGCCUGGUUAUACACUAUUAUCACUUAUCAUUCAUACAGUCAGUUUGAACAGUAGGCCUGGUUAUACACUAUUAUCACUUAUCAUUCAUACAGUCAGUUUGAACAGUAGGCCUGGUUAUACACUAUUAUCACUUAUCAUUCAUACAGUCAGUUUGAACAGUAGGCCUGGUUAUACACUAUUAUCACUUAUCAUUCAUACAGUCCGUUUGAACAGUAGGCCUGGCUAUACACUAUUAUCACUUAUCAUUCAUACAGUCAGUUUGAACAGUAGGCCUGGUUAUACACUAUUAUCACUUAUCAUUCAUACGGUCAGUUUGAACAGUAGGCCUGGUUAUACACUAUUAUCACUUAUCAUUCAUACGGUCAGUUUGAACAGUAGGCCUGGCUAUACACUAUUAUCACUUAUCAUUCAUACGGUCAGUUUGAACAGUAGGCCUGGCUAUACACUAUUAUCACUUAUCAUUCAUACGGUCAGUUUGAACAGUAGGCCUGGCUAUACACUAUUAUCACUUAUCAUUCAUACGGUCAGUUUGAACAGUAGGCCUGGCUAUACACUAUUAUCACUUAUCAUUCAUACGGUCAGUUUGCAUAUCAUAUUUGUUUUGAAGCAAGAAGUCAAAUAGAACACAGUUCCCUUGUUUGUUGUAUUGUUUAUCAUGGCAUUUCAGUUGUGUGUUGUCAGUGUAUACAUUACGGGCUCUUACUACAGUAUCCACUAAACUGAACCCACUUGAUAGGCAUGGGCAGGAAAUGUUUAGCCAAAAAUAAGUCUACAAACAUGCAUAUAAUCAAAACCUGAAGGGUUGUUAGUAUGUUGGAAACACUGUGCAGCUUAAAUAUAGUUCUCUCUUACGAGGUUAUAGAGUUAUGGUCAUAGAUGACGUCAGGGCCAGUUUUCUAUUUUGUUCUCAGCUCUGAUUGGCUGAGACAUAGCGUUGGGGUUAAUGUUCUGGGUUAUGAUUGGCUCAGAGAUAGAGUUGGGAGUCAUGUACAACAGACUUAGGUGAAGAUACCCCUGGACACUCAUCUUGGUUCAGUUUUGCAUUGCCCUCACUAAUGGUUAUGAUUGGGAGAGGGGAUUAUAGCUGAUCCUAGAUCUGUACCUAGGGGAAACGUAAAGGCAUUCAAAUCUUUACCUCCACCUACCAAACAAUGUGGUAAUAUUGCGUUAUAGGUUGGGUUACUCUCUUAGUCUUCUCACAAUCCUUCCAUAGUGAUUCUAAUACAAUUUUCUUCAUUUAAAUCGUUUUAUUCUUCAUUUAAAUCGGCUUAUUCAUUUAAAUCGUUUUGAAUGUUUAGAGAAAAAAGCAUGUCUCUUAUAGCACAAGCAAACAUAUAAAGCUGUCUUUGUAUUCGUAGUGUCAGCAGAAGAAGUGACCAAGUGCCAUGUAAUGUUCAGUAAAACAUUAAUUGGUCAUUAUUUUCUGAAUCAACCACUAUCUUAACAGACAACUCUCUUCUGCCUUUGCUUAUCAUGAUGCAUAUAUGCUAACCUCUACCUAUUUAUGUGUGUAUCUGUGUUUGUCAACAUCCAUAUAUUCAGGAAUAUGUGUAUGGGCACAUAUAUUUAUACUUGCAGCCAUAGAUGCAGUAUAUUUCAAAAGAUGUGUAGAGAUUUUUUUUUCCUUAAUGGUGUUUUUUCAGCGUGACUAUUUGAUUUAAAGUAGUUUUUUUCGACGUGCAAGGAGAUUCUGACAUUUGUGUUCAGGUAGAGUAAUUUAUCUUUUGUUCUUUUUUUUCCAAAUGAUUUUUCAUUUGGUAACUGAAGGUUAUGUUUUCACUCCAGGUGGCUGCCAACAGCUGUAUAUAAACAGGUAGUGGGACAAGACAACUGGAGGCAAAUCUGAUUGUGCUGGUUUUGGCAAAGUGACGCAGGACGUAUCCCAAAUUACACCUUAUUCAAAAGUAGUGCACUACAUACUGUAGGGAAUAGGGUGCCAUUUGGGAUCCUUGAUUUUAAACUGUCGUCUUGAUUGACCAAUCUCCGACCGUCUGUCUGGAUGUGAUGAUAACUACAUAACUCUAUAGGCCUGAUCAUACUGUGUGAAAAAUGGUGGAAAAGCUUCUUGUCACUCCUUUAUCCAGAAGACCUAGGAAAAUUGAGUUCAGUUGAGGCGAUUUGACCUUACUCAUACUAUUGACUUGUUAGCUGUUUUUGCACUAUUUUCCCUUCCUUGAAUCACUUUUGUCAGUUUAAGUUUGUUUAUAUUUUUUCCUUUUUCUUGUUUAUUUCUCUGAAGGACAAAAACAUGUUGGACAUGUUAACUGUGUGAUGCACCAGUAAUACACUGACUGGCUUCAUUUUCAGAUUUGUUUUCAUUGCCCAUUAUUGAUAUUCUAUUUAUAUAUUUCAGAAGAAAGUAUAUAAUUUUAAUUUCAAUAUAUUGAAAAUAAAUACUUUUAAUGUAUAAUUUAAGAAGAAUAGAAUGGUGCAUUUUAAGAUAAAUGUGUCUCCCAAACAAUGCUUGUACAUAAUGCCCAUUAUUCAAACAUGAAAAUAAACAUUUCUGGUGGUAUAUUUAAUGUGUGCAUCUCAGUUUCAGCUAUAUAUAUCACAUUUUUGGAGAUUGUCUGUUGAAUGAGCUCUCAGUAUAUUUGAAUUCACUAGAAGCCAUUCAGUCAGGUUGCAACAUAUACCCCAUAAUGACAAAGCAAAAACAGGUUUGUAGACAUUUUUGCAAAUGUAUUAAAAGUAAAAAACUGAAAUACCUUAUUUACAUUAGUAUUUAGACCCUUUGCUAUGAGACUCAAUUGAGCUCCGGUGCAUCCUGUUUCCAUUGAUCAUUCUUGAGAUGUUUCUACAACUUGAUUGGAGUCCACCUGUGGUAAAUUCAAUUGAUUGGAUAUAAUUUGGAAAGGCACACACCUGUCAAUAUAACGUCCCACAGUUGACAGUGCAUGUCAGAGCAAAAACCAAGCCAUGAGGUCGAAGGAACCGUCCGUAGAGCUCCAAGAUAGGAUUGUGUCGAGGCACAGAUCUGGGGAAGGGUACUAAAACAUUUCUGCAUCAUUGAAGUUCCCCAAAAACACCGUGGCCUCCAUCAUUCUUCAAUGGAAGAAGUUUGGAACCACCAAGACUCUUCCUAGAGCUGACCGCCUGGUCAAACAGCAAUUUGGGGAGAAGGGCCUUGGUCAGGGGGGUUGCUAAGGACUAUUUCUGUCUGUAAGAAAGCCCUUUUUGUGGAGAAAAACUCAUUCUGGUUGACAGGGCCUGGCUACCCAGUGGGUGGACCUGGCUCCCAAGUGGGUGAGCAUUUGGCCUCCCAGACCCACCCAUGGCUGCACCCCUGCUCAGCCAUGUGAAAUCCAUAGAUUAGGGCCUAAUGAAUGUAUUUCAAAUGACUGAUUUCCUUCUAUGAACUGUAACUCACUAAAAUCUUUGGAAUUGUUGCAUCUUGUGUUUUAUUUUUCUGUUCAGUGUGUGUAUAUAUAUAUAUAGUUGUGCAAUGGAAAUAAAAUCUAUGUAAAACAAA